GUCGUGGACACUGUUGAGCACUGGAUGAGGCUUACUUUGUCCUUUCUUCUGUCAGUGAUUGUUUUUCUUUAAUACCUCAGUGCAGGCUGAUUUCUCAGCGCAUUAAAGGAUAUCCUAAGCAAGAAUUCAGUUCACGCUUAGAGGAAAAACACGGAUUUUCCAUUGAGCACUGUUGAGUUUGGACGAUUUUCUUCCACUGAAACAAUGAGCUCAAAAGCGGUGAACUCUCUGGUGAAGGUCUUUGACCCGAAGUCCAUGCCCUUUGUAGGCAAACCUGGAAAGUUGCCCACAGAGCCUGAGGCCCAGCCCGUCAGCUUCGGCUUCAUUCAGACUAGGAUCGAGUCCCUAAGCGACAAGAUGGACAAGCUCAUUCACAUCCAAGAGAAAGUUCUCCACAAGCUGGACAGCCUGUCUCAGGACAUCGACACCAUUGAAAAGGAUAUGGAGAUGCUGAAAGUGGACAAAGAAGAGAUCCAUCUUCAGCCCCCCAAACAGCAAGAGGCCAGGAGCACAAGUGAGUUAAAGGAGAUGUGCCAGGAGGUAACCAAAAUCAUGUCAGCCGUCAGCCAAAGGUCUGAGCAGCAAGUGACGAAGCUGGAUGGCAUGGAGAGGCUGGUGAUCGGCAUCCAGCAAGUCAUUGCCUUCAUUGGAGAGUCAGUAAAGAGUUCCAGAGUCAUGGAGCUGCUGUUGAAAGGCCCUGCAGUUCAGAAGGCAGGAAAAGCCAAGCUUAGAGACCGCAGAGGCAGGGAUGGGACAGUCCGUCCAAACCUCAGGGGCCUCCGACUCCAGAGGAAGAAAAAGCCUCCAGACACACCAGAAAUAGCUGCCCUGAGGAAGGAGGUUCACAGGAUCAACCAGCUGAAUGCAGAGAGGCUCGGCCACCUGCAGCCUGUCCAGGUACAGCCCCGGGACGAACUCCUUCAGGAAGCAGAUAAAGUUCUGGACUCUAUCCUAAACGCCCCCCGAAGCCCUGGUGCAGAGCAGGAGAAAAUCGGCUUUAACAAGGAGGAGAAUGAGACUUUGAAGGGGGAAGAGGAGCUGGUGAAGCUGGAUGUCCUCAUCCAGUCUGGGGAAGACAGUGCAAAGACUGAGGAUAAGGCUGAGCUUGUUCAGGUCCAGGAAGCACAGCUAGAGGGUCAGGUGGAGGAGAAGGAGGAGAAGGAGGAGGAGGAGGAACAGGCCAACCGGAGCACAGCCGAGGCACAGGCGCUGUCAGACAGUGACCAAAGGCCAGCUGAGUGUGCCCGUCCCCCAGGCAAGGCUCCCAUGCAGGUGGUGUCCCUCAUUCUUGACAGCUGUGAAGAAAGGGCACAGAGCAGUGUGGAGGUGGUGUCAGCAGCUGGCCAGCUCUCUGACAUCACCUCCUGCAGCAAGCGACACGUGACAGAAGAUCUGGAGAAGAAGGAGCACAAGAAGAGCCGGGUGGAGGAUGGACUGGAAGAGGACCACAACUCAGAGGUCCAAGUGCCAUCAGAGACAGAGCAGAUGGAGGGAAAAGAAGAGGAAGAGCCAGUGGAGGACAAUGUUGGAACGGAUGUUGAUGAUGAUUUACUGGAGUUUUUCAUUGACUGCAACCCCCCUCCACCAGCCCCAUUUAACCAUCGUCUCGUGUCAGCCAAGCCUAACCAAAUCUCCAGCUUCUACACCAUCAACUAUCAGGAGAUCCUUGGAGGGGGUCGUUUUGGCCAAGUACACAAAUGCAUUGAGAAUUCAUCAGGGCUCACCUUUGCUGCAAAGAUCAUCAAAGCAAAACAUCCAAAAGAGAAGGAGCUUGUGAAGAAUGAAAUUCAGGUUAUGAAUCAGCUGGACCACGCCAACCUCAUCCAGUUGUAUGCAGCCUAUGAAUCCAGGAAUGACACGAUCCUUGUCUUGGAGUAUGUGGACGGCGGAGAGCUGUUUGACAGGAUCAUAGACGAGAACUACAAACUCACCGAACUGGAUUCUGUCAUGUUCAUCCGGCAGAUCUGUGAGGGUAUACAGCACAUGCACAAAAUGUACAUCCUGCACCUUGAUCUAAAGCCUGAGAACAUUAUGUGUGUGAGCAGAGUCACAAACAAAAUCAAGAUCAUCGACUUUGGCCUGGCACGAAAGUACCAGCCCAGGGAGAAACUGAAGGUGAAUUUUGGCACGCCGGAGUUCUUGGCUCCAGAGGUGAUUAACUAUGACUAUGUGUCCUUCUCAACGGACAUGUGGAGUCUCGGGGUCAUCACGUACAUGCUACUCAGUAGUCUGUCUCCGUUCCUUGGUGACGAUGACAGUGAGACGCUCAACAACAUCCUAGCCUGCCAGUGGAGUUUCGAGGAGGAUGAGUUCACUGAUAUCUCAGACGCAGCCAAGGAUUUCAUCUCCAAACUCAUGGUGUUCAAUAAAAGUUGGAGGAUAAGUGCCUUGGAGGCACUGAAACACCCCUGGCUCUCAGAUCCUUCCCUACACCACCACCUUCAUGAAAAGAAGAACAGGUGUCGUUCCCGCCGCUCGUCCUGUGUCCCUCCCUGUGAGAUGUAGGAAAGUUCCUUCCCCGAGCUCCGACAUCACAUUUGCCUGCAGACGUCUGUCUCUGAUGUCCCCCGCAGCCCCUGCUUCUGGACCAACACUGCUGAGCAGAGCCAGGCCAGGCAUGAGCAGGAGUGCUUGGAUUGUGAAGCUGCACAAUGGUAGAGCUUCGCUGGUUCAUUUCUGCAAACAACUGCUGUACUUGCACAGCACUGGGCUUUGACAUCCUGCUUUUCUCUUCCCAUCCAUAUGUGCAUUGCUUGAGCCUGAAAAAAUGUGUAACAUUUUAUUUUAUGCUUGUUUCUAUAUUACAGUGUAAACAGUAGCUUAUUUGAUGUGGAAUACAACGUGCAUGAUAAAAAUUAAAG